AUGCGUGUCUUUUAUUGGAAUGCUCAAGGCUUGGAUAAAUAUGGUGCAAGAGCCAAGUUGAAUGAGCUUUUUUUCUUACACAAACCCGACGUAAUUUUCAUUGCGGAACCAUAUGUUUUCUGCACUGCUCGUUUUGUUAGGUCACUCAAACUAGUUGAUUUCUGUGAGGAUGUUAUUACAAAUGAGUUUGAUGGAGAAAAGGGUAAUAUUUGGAUUUUAUGGAGGAAUACUCUGUUACGGCCUGAUAUUUUAUAUUCUUCAAAGCAGGCAAUUACUGUGAAUUUUGCAGGUUUUAUGAGGCUGGUUGAGGAGAACUGGAAUUUGGAGCUUAAUGGUGCGCCACCUUUUGUUUUUACUUCUAAGCUGAAGAGAUUAAAGGAGGUGUUGAAAACUUGGAAUAUAAAUAUUUUUGGAGAUGUGCAAUUUCGAUUGAAACUUGAAACUGAGAAUGAUUUUCUUGAUUAUGACCCGGCAGAUGAGUUUCAAUUCCUAAAAGUUGUGGAUGCUAAAAAGGAUGUUGAUGAUGUGAGAAUGUUGGCAGUUAUGCUUAAGAUGAAGUCUAGAGUAACUUGGUUGGAGGAUGGUGACCAGAAUACUCGUUUCUUUCAUAAUAGCAUCCGUAUGAGGAGAAGUCAAAAUACCAUCUCAGAACUUAAGGUUUCUAAUGACACUACUUUGUUUUUGCAGGAUGAGAUAAAGGAUUUCAUUGUUAAUCAUUAUCAGUCCAAGUUCAUUGGUGGUGACGUUAAUAUUGAUCCAGCUUUGUUUGAUAUUGAUCAUGAGAGUAUUUCAGCUGCUGAAAGUGCUUUCAUGGAUGUUAUUCUGUCUUUGGAGAAAGUUAAAGUGGCAGUUUUUGAUUUGGGAGAUGAUUCUGCGCCUGGACAAGAUGGCUUCACAGUUUUAUUGUUCUUAUUCCGAAAUAACAAAUCUGAUGCUAUUAAAGAUCAUCGGCCAAUUGGCUUGAGUAAUUUUUUCUUCAAGAUCAUUACUAAGAUUAUAGCUACCAUGCUUGGUACUGUGUUAAAUAAGCUGAUAUCUGAAGAGCAAGUGGCGUUUAUGAAGGGUAGAAAUAUACAUGAGAAUAUAGCAUUGGCGUCUGAAUUAAUCAAUGAGAUCAAUACAGAAAGGAAGCAUAGUAAUGUUGGCCUCAAGAUGGAUAUUGCUCAAGCCUUUGAUACGAUUAGUUGGGAUUUCAUAGCUGAAGUAUUUCGUCAAUAUGGCUUUUAUGAUUCUUGGUGCACGUGGGUUCUUAAUAUCCUUAGCUCAUCUCGGAUUUCUGUCAUGAUUAAUGGUUAUCCUGAAGGUUACUUCAGUAUUACUAGAGGUUUGCGACAAGGUGAUCCUCUAUCUGCUUUGAUUUUUGUUCUUAUUGAAGAUGUUUUAAGUCGCAAUCUUUCUAAGUUGUUUGCAAACCGUAGUAUGAAUGUUAUGGUUAGUAAAAAAGGUGUGGCGCCUACACACCUGCUUUUUGCGGAUGAUAUCCUUGUAUUCUGCAGAGGUAAUCUUCAUAGUUUGCAAAAUUUGAAGAAUAUGCUGGUUUUGUAUCAACAUGCGUCUGGCCAGUGCGUAAACUAUGCAAAGAGCAAGUUCUAUUACGGAGGUGAUACACUUUCUCGUGUUAUUGCUAUUUCUAGCUAUUUGGGUAUGAAAAGAUAUAUAUUUCCGGAUAAAUACUUAAGAAUUCAAUUGAAACCUGGUAUUGUUCGCCAUAUUCAUGUUCGCCAAGUUGUUGAAAAGAUUAUGGACAAGCUGGAUGGAUGGAAAGGUAAGCUUUUAUCCUUUCAGGCGAGACUUGUACUAAUUAAAUCGGUUAUUUCUAGCUAUGUUAUUCAUUGUAUGGAUGUUUAUAAGUGGCCAUGCACGGUUAUUAAGCAAGUUGAAAGGGACAUUAGGAAUUUUCUUUGGUCCGGUGAUGCUGAGAAACGUAAAUAUUUUACUGUUCUAUAUGAUGAUCAGUGUCUCUCGAAGCGUGAAGGUGGCCUUGGCAUUAAUAAGUUGAAUGAUGUUAAUAGGGCAAUGCUAAUGAAGCUUUGGAUUUGUAUUCAGGACUCAAACAAGAUUUGGGCCAGAUUUUUGAGGGCAAAGUACUUUAAGAUCAAUGGAAAUUUGAUAGAUUAUAAGCUGGGUUCUUCGGUUUUUCCAGGAAUUCGCUUGGCUUACAAUUUUGUGCAGAAGCAUACACGCUCGAUUAUAGGCCCAAAUGAUUUUAAGGCUAAAGUAAGUGAUAUUAUUGUUGAUGGAGCUUGGAGCAUUCCUCAGAGAACUAUAGAUUUGAUGAUUCGAUGCAAUAUUGACGUUGAUGAUUUUCCAAUUAUUGAUGGUGGUGAAGUUGUGCAUCCUAACUUGAGCGUACAAUACUGGAAGAUUUGGGCCAAGCAAUGUGGUGCUGGUGAAGACAAUAUUAUUAAGAAGACAGGUAGGAGCAUGCCUACUAUGUGCCGCUUGUGCAGGAAAAGUUGCGAAACUCUUAGCUACAUCACUUGGCAUUGCCGAGUUGCUGGGAGGAUCUGGGAUUGUGCGGCUGGAAUUUUCAAGCUGCAACCUAAUGAAGAUCUGUUGGAUUCGUAUAAGGCUGCUAAGGGUUGUAGCCGAAUGAUAAAAGACUUAUGGCUUGUUGCAAAUCUUGCAAUUGUCACGGAAUUAUGGAAGUUACGCAAUAAGUCUUAUUUUGAAGAUAUGGCAGUUCAAUGGCUUGGUUUUAAAGGGAGACUUUAUCAGGUAAUUCGUGAUAACUCAAUUAGAAUGAAGGGUCAUAUGCAUAAUAAUUUAGAGGAUCUGCGCAUUUUGAAUUAUUUCAAGGUGCGGCAUAGAUCGUGCAAAACAUCUACCCCAAUUGAAGUUAGUUGGAAUCCUCUUAAUCAAGAUGAAAUCAUGAUCUGUUGUGAUGGUGCCUCUUUCGGAAAUCCAGGCCAAGAUGGUUCUGGUGUUGUUUUCCGUGAUGCAAACUCGGAAGUGCUUGGUGUUCUUUGUGUUGGUCUUGGUUGGCAAACCAAUUACUAUGCUGAAGUUUGUGCAAUUAUUUAUGGCGCGAUGUUGGACAAGAGAUGGAAUAUGCGGAGUCUCUGUGUUCGUUCUGAUUCGAUGAAUUGUAUACAAGCUUUUCAAAAGGGUGAACUGCCGUGGCAGCUGGUGCAGAAGUGGAAACUUGCGAAAAAAUUUUACAACAAUAUUCGUUAUAUUCAUAGCUAUAGAGAAGUUAAUUUUUCAGCUGAUGCCUCAGCCAAGCAAGCAUGUUUACUGGAUGAGGAUUUAUUUGAGUUUUAUGAGGGUAGGCCAGACUUUAUUCCGUCUGUGGAAUGGCCGAAAGGGUUUAUUAUUGCUUCAAGACGUGUUGUUGUGGUAAUGGGAGAAGAAGAAGAAAAAGAGAAGAUGUUGGUGGAGGAUCAUGAAAUGACUGUGGUUGAUGGUGGUGCGGGAGGAGGAGGACGAGCUGUUGUUGGUGGUGGUGUGAGUGACAGAGAGACUAUAGAUCUCGUAUGGAGAAGAAGAUGA